UCGGCUCGCCCUCCCCUCUCAGCCUAAGCCUUCCCUCCGCGAACCGGGUCCCCUCCCCACAGCAAAACGGCUUCUCUUCCUCAGCUCAGCGACAGGGGCUUCCCCUCAGUCGCCGCCGCCGACGCUGCCGCCGCCGCCGCCGGCCGAGACCCGCCGCACCCGCGGCCCGCGGCCGCCAUGCAGUUUAUGUUGCUUUUUAGUCGUCAGGGAAAGCUUCGACUGCAGAAAUGGUAUGUCCCAUUAUCAGACAAAGAGAAGAAAAAGAUCACAAGAGAACUUGUUCAAACCGUUUUAGCACGGAAACCUAAAAUGUGCAGCUUUCUUGAAUGGCGAGAUCUGAAGAUUGUUUACAAAAGAUAUGCCAGUCUGUAUUUUUGCUGUGCUAUUGAGGACCAGGACAAUGAACUAAUUACCCUGGAAAUAAUUCAUCGUUAUGUGGAAUUACUUGACAAGUAUUUUGGCAGUGUGUGUGAACUUGAUAUCAUUUUUAAUUUUGAGAAGGCUUAUUUUAUUUUGGAUGAGUUUCUUUUGGGAGGAGAAGUUCAGGAAACAUCCAAGAAGAAUGUCCUUAAAGCAAUUGAGCAGGCUGAUCUACUGCAGGAGCCACGUCAUGAAUAUUUUAAUGUCCCUGUGUACUAAAUGACCACUCAUCGUGUAUGCAGAAUUUCACAGAGGAAAUAGAGAGCUGAUAUGCUUAUGAAAGAAAAUAUCCUCAGCUUGGUGACUGAUUACCUUGUGUAAUAAUAGAACAUUUUAGAACCGUUACCUUUGUAAUAAUUUUCCUGUUCUCAUCCUCUUUUCUGUUUUAUUUUCAUUCUGUGUGUGAUCUUGAUACAGCUUUUCCUGCUUGCAACUGGUUUAAUUUCUUCUUGAAAAAUAUGAUCUAUGAUCAUUUUGAGUGAUGUUUCAUUUCAGACACCUACAUGUCAUCAUUUGUGAACCAUCUGUGAUUAAUCUUGUAAGAGAAUAGCUAGCAAUCAUUAAAUAUUUACCAAAGAAAAUAGAGCUGAAAUGCUAGGUCACAAUUAGCAGUGCCACAACGUAGCAUGGUUUGAUCUUCAAAUGUUGGCAGGAUGGGACUAUACUUAGGGUAAUUAUAGUAUAUAUGAGGAAACAUUUUUAAUGUAUCACAUAAAAGUGUAUUUGGCAAUAAUACAAGAAAGUAAAAUCUGCACUAAUAUAAUAUUUAAGGUAAAACAUUCACAAUUUCUAAAAUAUUUGUAAUGCCACAUUUAUUGACUCAUAUUUGUGCUAUACAAUAUCAAACAAUCCCUCUAAGAACUAUCAGAAAGCUAUGUCAGAAAAGUCUCUUCUGCAAUAUCUAUUGUUUAAAAGUAAUCCUUUCAAAGUAUUAAUAUAGGGUUUAUUUUAUAUAGUUAAGAUUCUAAUAUUGUUUAAAUACUAUUUUACUAGUUAUAUAUUCAAGUCUGCAUUUAGAUACUUAAUGAUUUGUUAAAUAUGGUUUUAUAUUUCUGAUAUUAAAACCUUUAAUAUUGAUCAUUGUGUUUUAAUAAAACAUGCAGUGUAUAUUAUUAUAAAGAGGAAAUUACCAAAUAAUUCAUUGUUAAUGUUUAGAGAGUUUAAAGCGCAAGUUAAGUAAGCUAUCAUUAAACAAGUUCAAAAGAUGCUCAGAGUGGUUUACCACUGAAAGAAGACCUGUGAAAAUGUGUAUUAGUCAGGGAUGCAGAUCAGUUGUUUCCAUUCUUCCAUUCUUGCUAUACUACAUGACAUUUGAAGCACCUGGAUGGGCUAUCAAAUGAGAAAUUAGCAUUAUACAUUGAUAGCAUUGGGAAACAUUGGUCUUUCAUUUCCAUUUUUUUCCUCCCUGCAACAUGGUAUUCAUCUGGUUUUAAUGCUGCAUAAAUAUGCAUUGUCUCAUGCCUGUUUGCUUUGGAUGCUGUAUGCCCAGCUGUAACAAGAUGUUGCUUUUGUUAUUUGUAUACAGCUGCUUGCUUUAAACUAGUAGAUUCUGAAAUAGCUUUCCUUGCAUGUCUAAAAUAAAAAUAUUGCAUGUACUUUGUCUGACGUGAAUGACUUUUUUCUUCUCCAUCCUUUUGACAAGUAAUAUAUUUCAUAUUUUAAUUUUUCAGGUAAUUUUUUAAAAUUAUGGUUUAAAUGUAGCAAAAUUUACUAGUUUAACCAUUUUUAAGUGUACAGUUUAGUAGGUUCAGUAUAUUCACAUUGUUGCACAACAGAUCUCUAGUUUUUCAUCUUGCAAAACUGAAACUGUAUCCAUUAGAAACAACUAUUCCCCAUUUCCCCUCAUCUCAGCCAUUGGUAACCACCUUUCUACUUUGUUUCUAUGAAUUUGACUAAUUUACAUAAUAGUUUUUUCUAGAUGGUUUUGAGUACAAUUUCAGUGUGAACAUGUGAAAAUUAGUUUUAUACUACAAUUGAUUAAAGAACUAACUGACUAUUUGUAUAAGUCUCAGUGGAAGAAAAUGUAUAAAUGAUUCUUUGAAAUUAGGCCUUUUAGAAAAGACAGAUAUUUUUAAAUAAUGCAUAUUUGAGAAGCAAUGUGGUUCUCUUCAAGAAAUGCUAUCUAUAUAAGAUUGCAGCCAGUGAGCACAUAAGGGGAAAUCUAACCAGCUUCAACGAGUAGGAUGAGGGGGCACAUUUACAUGGAUAAGUUAAGAAUCUUAACUCUAUAGAAUUCAAUGUAGGCACCCUGUAAUACAUUAAAGGUUGUAUGACAUCUUAAAAAAUUACUUAACAUUAAGAGAAAAUGAUUAUUUUAAAAGUCCCCCUUA